AUGCUUGGGAUGCUGAGUGAUAGGAAUCCUGGACUCCUCAGUGUCUGCAUCUCUCUUUUCCUUCCUAGCUUGAUGUUGGACUUCUUCCAGGUCCCUUCUGUGGAGGCCUGUGAGUUAGUUACAGCACAUCUCCAAUUGGCACGUCAGGCCCUCAAGGAAAACCCAGAUGCCAGUGAUACAGAAAAGGAGUAUGCAGAACUCAAGGUACAACUUAAUCAAGUGGUGGAAACAAUCAAUGAACAUCUGGAAGAGAUCCGAUAUGGUGCUGCUGAUCUUUUCUAAUCUACUUUCUGUUUGACAACUGUACUCCAUGCCAUUGGACAAUGAAAUGACCAAGACUAAUCUCAUUGCUAGCACCUGAGACUGUGAUACAGUUGAGAGGAACCAUUCCACUUUUUUGUAUUGAUCUACGGGUUACGCAUCUAUUGUUGGUUAUUGUAUAUUACUGACAAUGUUUGAUGUAUGCGAUUGUAUAUAAAUCUUGGAUUCCUUC